AUGGCUAUGUAAUUAACAAAUUAAGGUUAACAUGAAGAAGCUCUUAAAAUUUAUGAUAAUUCAUUGUCUCUAUUAAAUAUAAUAGAUAAGAUAUUUAUGUGGAAGGGUAAUAUAACUAAUUUAUUAUUCUAAGGAUAAUCAUUAUUACAUUUAUCAAGACUAUAAGAAGGAAUUAAAUGUUGUGAUUUGGCAAUUUAAUUAAAUCCUGAAAAUGAUAUGGCAUACAACAAUAAAGGUAUUAUUAUUAUUAAUUUAUAAUAAAUAGCUUGGGCCUUAGAAAAUCUAUAUCGUUUUAAAGAAGCUAUUGAAUGUUGUGAUAGAGCUAUUUAAUUGAAUCCUCAAAAUGAUAUGGCUUUUAAUAAUAAGGGUAUUAAUUAGAAAAAUCUAUAAUAAAUAGGUUGGGCAUUAAGCAAUUUAAAGAAAUAUUAGGAAGCUUCUGAAUGUUAUGAUAAAGCAAUUUAAUUAAACUCACUAAACGCUAAUGCUUAUAAUAAUAAAGGUUCAUUAUUUCAUUUUAUUUAUUAGCCAUUGCUUUACAUCAAAUGAAAGAAUUUCAAUAAGCAAUAGAGUUUUAUGACAAGGCUCUAUUAAUUCAAGAAAACUCUACAUUUUAUAAAUAUAAAGGUAUUCACUUCCUAAAAUUAACUAUUUUAGCUGAAUCUUUACUUGCUUUAGGAAAUAAAUAAGAAGCUAGAAUUUGUUUUAUGAAAGCUCUUAAUUUAGGAUAUGUAGAUCAAGAUUAUAUAAGGAGAUAAUUAUUAAUGUUAUGA